CUCAUUUCACGUCUUGUCAACACGUCCAGCAGUUCCACGUCUUAUUAGUAAGACGCGAGGUACCCCCACUACCAGGAAAAAUCGCCAGUUUCACCUCCCGCACCAGGACCGCCCGCCCUCAGAUCCAUCUCAUCGUGUUUACGUUUGCUCCGAUCCAGUAAGCACGCGCCGCCACCACCGCGAUUUUUUGCUCAGCGUGUAUGCACGCCAUGCAUUCUGAAUUUGCGCCGGACGCGUCAGCCCUAUAUAAACCUCCACUUCCCCCCAAUUCUGCUUUCUUCGUACACCUUCUUUUCUUAUCCUCCAUGUACGUUUUAAAGAGAGACGGACGCAAGGAGCCCGUGCGGUUCGACAAGAUCACCGCCAGAGUCCAGAGAUUAUGCUACGGCUUGGACUCCAACCACGUCGAUGCCGUGGCCAUCACCCAAAGAGUGAUCUCUGGUGUCUACCAGGGCGUCAACACCAUCGAGUUGGACAACUUGGCUGCCGAGACCGCCGCCUACAUGACCACCAUCCACCCUGACUACGCCAUUUUGGCUGCCAGAAUCGCAGUCUCCAACUUGCACAAGCAAACCACCAAAGUGUACUCGGAGUUGUCCAAGGAACUCUACGACUACGUCAACCCAAAGACUGGGUUGCACUCGCCUAUGAUCUCGCGUGAGACCUACGACAUCAUCCUUAAGCACUCGGACGAGUUGAACUCGGCGAUUGUUUUCGACCGUGACUUCAACUACAACUACUUCGGGUUCAAGACGUUGGAGAGAUCCUACUUGUUGAGAAUCAACGGCAAGGUGGCCGAAAGACCCCAGCACUUGAUCAUGAGAGUGGCUAUCGGUAUUCACGGUGAGGAUAUCGAGCGUGUCAUCGAAACCUACAAUUUGAUGUCCCAGAGAUACUUCACCCACGGUUCUCCUACCUUGUUCAACGCUGGUACCCCAUUGCCCCAGAUGUCCUCGUGCUUCUUGGUUGCCAUGAAGGACGACUCCAUCGACGGUAUCUACGACACCUUGAAGACAUGUGCAUUGAUCUCCAAGAGCGCUGGUGGUAUCGGAUUGCACAUCCACAACAUCCGUUCCACCGGUGCCUACAUUGCUGGUACCAACGGUACUUCCAACGGAAUCAUCCCAAUGGUGCGUGUUUUCAACAACACCGCUCGUUACGUCGACCAAGGUGGAAACAAGAGACCAGGUGCCUUUGCCUUAUACUUGGAGCCAUGGCACGCAGACAUCUUCGAUUUCAUUGACAUCAGAAAGAACCACGGUAAGGAAGAGAACAGAGCCAGAGACUUGUUCCCUGCUUUGUGGAUCCCUGACUUGUUCAUGAAGAGAGUCGAAGCUAACGGCGACUGGACCUUGUUCUCCCCCAACGAGGCCCCAGGCUUGGCUGACUGCUACGGGGACGAGUUUGUCCAGUUGUACGAAAAGUACGAGCGUGAAAACCGUGGUAGAAGCACCAUCAAGGCCCAGAAGCUCUGGUACGCCAUUUUGGAAGCCCAAACCGAAACCGGUACUCCAUUCAUGUUGUACAAGGAUGCCUGUAACGAAAAGACCAACCAGAAGAACUUGGGUAUCAUCAAGUCCUCCAACUUGUGUACUGAGAUUGUCGAGUACUCUGCUCCAGACGAAGUUGCUGUUUGUAACUUGGCUUCGAUUGCUCUUCCCUCUUUCGUGGAAAAGGACAACAACUCGGUAUGGUACAACUUCGAAAAGUUGCACGAAGUCACCAAGGUGGUUACCCGUAACUUGAACAGAAUCAUCGACCGUAACUACUACCCAGUUCCAGAAGCUAGAAACUCUAACAUGAGAAACAGACCCAUUGCCUUGGGUGUUCAGGGUUUGGCCGACUCGUUCAUGGCCUUGAGAUUACCAUUUGACUCGCAAGAAGCCAGAGAAUUGAACAUUCAAAUCUUUGAAACCAUGUACCACGCUGCUGUCGAAGCGUCCGUUGAAUUGGCCGAGGUCGAGGGUCCUUACCAAACCUACGAGGGUUCUCCAGCUUCCAAGGGUUUGUUGCAAUUCGACUUGUGGAACAGAAAGCCCACCGAAUUGUGGGACUGGGAUACUUUGAAGCAGAAGUUGGCUAAGCACGGUAUCAGAAACUCCUUGUUGGUUGCUCCUAUGCCAACUGCUUCUACCUCGCAAAUCUUGGGUAACAACGAAUGUUUCGAACCAUACACCUCUAACAUCUACUCCAGAAGAGUUUUGGCCGGUGAGUUCCAAAUCGUCAACCCAUACUUGUUGCGUGACUUGGUCGACUUGGGCAUCUGGAAUGAUGCUAUGAAGAACAACAUCAUCGCUAACAAUGGUUCCGUUCAAGGAUUGGCCAACAUUCCUGACGAAAUCAAGGCUUUGUACAAGACCGUGUGGGAAAUCUCCCAAAAGCACAUCAUUGAUAUGGCUGCCGACAGAGCUGCUUUCAUUGAUCAAUCACAAUCCUUAAAUAUCCACAUCAAGGAUCCAACAAUGGGUAAGUUGACCUCCAUGCACUUCUACGGUUGGAAGAAGGGGUUGAAGACCGGUAUGUACUACUUGAGAACUCAAGCUGCUGCUGCUGCCAUUCAAUUCACUGUUGAUCAAAACUCAGCAAACACUGCAGGUAACACCGUUGCUUCUCUUGAUAAGUUGAACCAAAGAAAGUAUCUUGCCAGAUCUGCUGCCACCCCAGAGGCUGAUGCCACCUUCUCUUCCACUCGCUCUGGAUCCACCGAGCCAACCUCGUUGGAGAACUCGGUAGCUGACUUGAAGCUCGAAGAAAAGCCAGCCAAGGCUGAAGAAGGUGAGAAGGAGAUGACUGAUGAAGAGCUUGCUCAGCUCGAGCAAGAUAUCUACAGUUCCAAGGUCAUAGCUUGUGCUAUUGACAAUCCUGAGUCUUGUACCAUGUGUUCUGGUUAAACAUGGAUGUAAUAUAGUUUGUUUUUGGGUAAUAUAAGUUAAUCGAGUA